UUACUCCCUACGUACCCCGUAAAAGAAAGGUGAAAUUCUAGACAUUUUUGGUUCCGUGACGGUGAAAUACGUCCUUCACUUUUAAAAUAUUGUAAGUUUCCCGUGAAAAGGAGCUAUAUUCAUUUGACAGUUUAUAUAUGUCGCCGAGCCGCGAUGAGGCAUUAGUCGUCGGGAGUAGAUAGCACACACACUCGGGGUAAUAAUGGCGACUUUAUUUCCUUGUUGUUUUGGCAGUGCUGUGCAGGUUAGACAAGGCUCCCGCAUGUCAUGAACACCCGUGAGUAUGGACGCGUGGGGCGCAGUCGUCGCGGAAGAAAAUGAGCUAUCAAGCUCCGAGGGCGAGUACGUGGUCGACCCCGGUGCUGGACAGGACGCCCGGAGGACGGCGGACGGAACGUUUCGCAGGCCCGCGGAGAGGAUGGACGACGGGGGCUCGGGUGUGGGACCUGGGGAGGGCAAAGUGGUGUUGGGGCGGCUUGCAAGUCAGAAGGACGACAAGGAACUUCGCUACUUGCACCUGUUGUGGGAGCCCGGGCGAGCCGAGGCCGGACCCGGCGGUGUGACCUGCAGCAAGCUGGGGAAGAUGACGGGGAGCAGGGUCAGGCGCUGCCACCGAGCCACACGGAAUCCCAUUGGUAAAGAUAUCUACGCUGUGAAGAGACUGAGGGAAGCAGCCAACAGCAAUGACAUCGACACAGUUCGGAAGCUCCUGCAAGAUGACAUCGACCCCUGUGCUGCUGAUGACAAGGGGAGGACAGCCUUACAUUUCUCUUCCUGUAAUGGCAACGAGAGCAUCGUGCAGUUACUGCUGAGCCAUGGCGCUGACCCAAACCAGCGUGACAGUCUGGGUAACACCCCACUCCACUUGGCGGCCUGUACAAACCACGUGCCUGUCAUCACCACAUUGCUGAGAGGAGGGUCCCGCGUGGAUGCCCUCGACCGAGCGGGUCGGACCCCUCUACACCUCGCACGCUCCAAACUGAACAUUCUGCAGGAAGGAGAUUCCAGGAGCUUAGAAACCCUGAGAGGAGAAGUGACACAGAUUAUACAAAUGCUGAGAGAAUAUCUAAAUUUAAUGGGCCAAAGUGAAGCUAAAGAGAGACUGGAGCAUAUUUCGACCCAGCUGCAACACACACGAACCAAAGAGCAAGUGGAUGAGGUGACCGAUUUACUGGCCAGCUUCACUUCACUCAGCCUACAGAAACAGAAUUUGGGAGACAGGUAGAGGACAAAGAAGCGGUUUCUUUGUUACUUUUUUCAAGCAAACCUCUACCCUGAAUACUGGUACCACUUCUCACAAUCUGGACUACUCUUUAAUGUAAUUAACACACAGUUGAGUAAAGUGUAACAUUUGAGAAUUUUAAGUAUGUUAUCAGGAAGAAAACACAUGUGUUGUUGCUGAUCUCAAAUGUAUUCCUGUUUGAAAGUUGUCCAUCAGGUGUUAAUGAUAUUUUUGUAGUUGGUAGUAGAUUUUGUGGAACAGUCUGAAUUAUUGCAAACUUGGCCUUAAUUUACCCAAAACAACAAUGUUUCUAUUCUCUUCUCCAUUUGUCUUUUAUUAGUGGACCAAAGCUUUCCCUAUCCCUUUCUAAAAUGCCUCAAUUUGUCCGUCAUAUAAAUUCUGUUUUCAGACUAAAUUCUUGACAACUUAAUUUAGAGGGCGCAUCAUAAAGCUACCUCCAGUUGUGCCAAAAAAGUAACAGUAAUUACUUAUUUUGUGACUUCUGACUGUUCAGCAGCAGAAAGUAAAUAUGCAUAAUUUUUAAUUGGUUUUAAUGCAUUGUUCCUGGUUUCAUGCAGAUAAUUUGCCAACAAUCCCAUUGGACCUUAAAUGCAGAAGGCACAACAGUAUGGAAGGUGGAGGACAGAUUCAGUCCUAAAGACUUGCCUUUGUUUUAUCGUCAUGCAUAUUGUAACUAUGUGAGCAGGCAGUUUUAAUGUUUGACUUGUUUUUUUCUUUAUCACAGGAAACUUGCAAUGACUCUCCAUUUUUAUUGCAUGUUGAUGUUUAAAGGGGGACUACACUUUUUGGGGGGAAAUGUUGCACAUCAUUCACAAUCCUUAUGUAAGACAAGGACACAUAUUUUCUUUUUUUAUGCUUUCUAAUCAUAAACAAACUUUAGCCAAAAUAAGCUCACAAUGGGUUCAAUUGGAGCUCCACUAUUCCGCUCACUACGCCCUUUUAAAAAUCAUCCAAAAACUGCCAACAAUACUCUAUUUACAUUUUGUGACCCAACGAUAAACAAAGUAUUAGCAAUAUUGCUAUUAUAAGCGCUAAUGUUAAGGACCUGUUUUAGCGGCGCAUUGAUCACAGAGGAUGUAUUCCUCCCCUCUGAGCUGGUGAAAGUUAAUUCCCGAUUAUAAAUCAUGACUCUCACCUGGACGGUAGAAGGUCGUGGCCAUAAACCUGAGAAGUUGCUCAACUUUGACAGCCACCUUAGACUGGGAGAUGGUGAGAAACACACAACCACCUUUUUUAAUUUUUUAACGAUUGCCAGGUUUUUGUUAUCUAACCAGAAAUAUAUAAAUAUGUGAGAGCAGACACUGUACAGUAAGUGGUUGUUGUCUCUCCUGAAGUCUGCAUGAACGUAGUAGUAAGAGUUGAGGAAAAAAAGCUAAUUUUCCGAUGCAUCUAUUAAAUGAAUGUGCUGCCAUUUGCUUAAAAUUAUCAAAAUUGGUAAAUAUUAUGUGUUAACAUGAAUCUGGCCGUUCCUACAUUACAUAUACAGUUGCGAUCAAAAGUUUUCAAAGAACCUAAUGUCAUGGCUGUCUUGAGUUUCCAAUAAUUUCUCCAACUCUUGUUUUUUUGUGAUAGAGUGAUUGGAGCAGAUACUUUUCUGAAUUUAUUAUGGGUCUACUGAAAAUGUGAGCAAAUCUCCUGGGUUAAAAGUAUACAUACAGCAAUGUAAAUAUUUGCUUACAUUGGCAAGUUUCACUGCAAUAAAGCGCUUUUGAUAGCCAUCCAUAAGCUUCUGGCAAGUUUCUGCUUGAAUUUUUGACCACUCCUCUUGACAUGUGUUGGUUUUCUGACAUGGACUUGUUUCUUCAGCAUUGUCCACGUGUUUAAGUCAGGACUUUUGUAAAGGCCAUUCUAAAACCUUAAUUCUAGCCUGAUUUAGCUAUUCCUUUACCACUUUUGACAUGUGUUUGGGGUCAUUGUCCUGUUGGAACACCCAACUGCGCACAAGAACCAACCUCCGGGCUGAUGAUUUUAGGUUGUCCUGAAGAAUUUGGAGGUAAGAAUUUGCUGUAUGUAUGCUUUUUACCCAGCAUAUUUUGUCACAUUUUCAGUAGACCCAUAAAAAACUCAUAAAAGAACCAAACUUCAUGAAUGUUUUUUGUGACCAACAAGUAUGUGCUCCAAUCACUCUAUCACAAAAAAAUAUAAGAGUUGUAUAAAUUAUUGGACACUCAAGACAGCCAUGAUAUUAUGUUCUUUACAAGUGUAUGUAAACUUUUAAACGCGACUGUAUACUUACAACGCGUAUAUAAAACGUUGAUAGAGGUGUUUUGAUGUUUUUUAGAGUGCCGUAUAGGACUUUAUUUUUAGCUGACUUUUUCUAACGUUUAUUUACUAUUCAAAAGCAUGUGUCCUUGUCUUACAUAGGGAUUGUGAAUGAUCUGCAAAAUAAAAUAAAAAAGAAGAGCGCAGUUCCCCCUGUACCAGUGUAAUAUAUGGUCAAAAUACCUAACUCAAUAAAUUCCUAUGAAUAACUAA